CUUGUAGUAGAAUUUAGCGGCGUGGUGACUCGACCGUGAGGUGUCGGUGUCGCGGUGCUUCUUACGGUGUCGUCGUCGUCGUCUGUCACCGGUUUCUCUUUAUAUCGUAAACUAAAAAAAAAAGUUCGUUUCGGGUCUUCAUCGUCGGUCGUCGUCGUCGUCGUCGUCGUCGUCGUCGUCGUCGUCGUCGUCGCCGCCGCCGUCGUCGUCGCGUCGGUCGUCGUCGUCGCCGCCGUCGUCGCCGCCGCCGCCGUCGUCGUCGUCGUCGUCGUCGUCGUCGUCGUUGUUGUUUGUCGUCGAUUGUCAUCGUCGUCGUACAGGUUGACAUUGACGUUGACGUUGACGUUUACGUGCUCUCUCGUGAUAGUGCCGAGAUCGCGAGACUUCACCUUGCCGGCCGUGCAGCUCGCGUGGUCCAGCGAUUCAGUAGUCGUUUGAUAGAAAAAAGAAAGAAAAAAGAAAGAAAGAAAGAAAGAAAGAACUUUCCUCUCUUGUGAAUCGUCGUCUGGUGGUGCAGCUCGUAAGAGGAGGCGCGAGAGGAGUUGCGGGGUGAGGAAGUAAGGGGAGGUGAAGUAAGGGAAAGAAAGAAGAAGAAAAAAGAAGGAAGUAAAAGAAGAAAAGAAAAGGAAGAAGAGAAAAGAAGAAGAAGAAGAAGAAGAAGAAGAGGAGGAGGAGAGAAGCGGAGGAGGGUUUCGCGCGGAGAAGCGGCAGGAAGAGAAGAGCGUAGAAAAGAGCGUAGAAGAGAAGCGAGGCGCGAAGGGGAAAACUCGUUUUGCGCUCCGCAAACGCCCAUGAACGACGACGCUCUGGAGCGACCAAUGUCGUAUCGCCGCCGUCGUACCGUGCGAUAACUUCCGUCACCUCUCCGGUCCCCCCCGUCCUUUCUCCCUCUUCGCGUUAUAUCCACGCGAGUCUCUCUCUCCCGGCCAUAAUACCGCGUUGCUUCUACUACGUGCGUGUGCCUACCUACUCGUCGUCGCUCUUGACUUUUCCUGUCGACGUUCGCCACCGGUGCGAGAGGUGCUGCUGUUGCUGCUGCUGCUGCUACCACCGCUGCUACCGCUGCUGCUACCACCAUCUCGUUUGUGAGAGAAACGAACGAGCGCCGUAAAGAGGAACGUAAUAGGUGGAGGACCGAUCGAGAUCGUCCUGUGCACCGGGUCACCGCCGCUGACUGACCGGACCCAACAGGAGCGCGUGUGCGGGCCAAAAAGAGAGAGAGAGAGAGAGAGAGACGGAGAGAGAGUGAGAGAGAGAGUGAGAGAGAGAGAGAGAGAUAGAUAAAUAGAGAUAGAUAGACGGAGUGUGUGCGUGUGUCAGAGGGAGCUUGAGAAAAGGGGCUGAAGAGGGAGAGAGGGAGAAAGAGAGUGAGAAAGAAAACGAGGGGCCGGCGCCCACAUCCUGAUACAGCCAGCAUGACCUCGAACAACUCGCAGAAGCUCUCGACGACGGAACGAGUGAUCAAAAAUGUACUCUUUCCACCGUCGCACAAGCUGACAGUGGCUGAGGUUUUCGAUUCGGGAACGGAUCGGCCGAGACCGGAAGUCCUCAAGCAACAUUUCACUCUCGAAGGUAGAAUCGACGAAGCUGCAGCCCUUCGUAUAGUCAAUGAUGGUGCCGCCAUUUUACGCUCGGAGAAGACAAUGAUCGAUAUUGAAGCACCGGUAACCGUAUGCGGAGACAUUCAUGGACAAUUCUACGACUUGAUGAAGUUAUUCGAGGUGGGUGGACCACCCUCCUCGACAAAAUAUCUCUUCCUUGGUGACUACGUAGACAGGGGUUAUUUCAGUAUCGAGUGCGUAUUGUACCUGUGGGCACUGAAAUUGUGCCAUCCUACCACACUCUUCCUACUCAGAGGAAACCACGAAUGUCGUCAUCUCACGGAAUACUUCACAUUUAAACAAGAAUGUAAAAUAAAGUAUUCAGAAAGGGUGUACGAUGCGUGUAUGGAUGCGUUUGAUUGUUUACCAUUGGCAGCACUUAUGAAUCAACAGUUUCUUUGUGUGCACGGCGGUCUGUCACCAGAAAUUCAUAACUUGGACGACAUACGUAAGUUGGACAGGUUCAAAGAGCCACCAGCGUUCGGACCAAUGUGCGAUCUUUUAUGGUCGGAUCCAUUGGAAGAUUUUGGCAACGAGAAGAAUGCUGAACAUUUCUCUCACAAUAGCGUCAGAGGUUGUUCAUACUUUUACAGUUACGCGGCGUGUUGCGACUUCCUGCAGACCAAUAAUCUGCUGAGCAUCAUAAGAGCGCAUGAGGCACAGGACGCGGGAUACCGUAUGUAUCGAAAAUCUCAAACGACGGGCUUCCCAUCGCUAAUCACCAUCUUUAGCGCGCCUAAUUAUCUCGACGUUUAUAACAACAAGGCAGCCGUAUUGAAAUACGAAAAUAACGUAAUGAACAUCAGGCAAUUCAACUGUUCGCCUCAUCCCUAUUGGCUACCCAACUUUAUGGACGUUUUUACGUGGUCUUUACCGUUCGUUGGUGAAAAAGUCACAGAGAUGCUGGUGAACGUACUAAACAUAUGCUCGGACGAUGAAUUGAUGAGCGACGGCGAUGAUGGCCUCGAGGAAGUCGCAGCCAAAGUCGUUGUCCAAAAAAAAAAUGGUGCAGCAGCAAAUCUACGCAAGGAGGUUAUAAGAAACAAGAUCAGAGCCAUCGGCAAAAUGGCGCGUGUUUUCUCCGUCCUAAGGGAGGAGAGCGAAAGCGUGCUGCAAUUGAAAGGUCUCACACCCACUGGAGCUUUACCACUUGGCGCGUUAUCUGGUGGAAAGACGUCCUUGAAAAAUGCUCUCCAAGGGUUCUCACCGAAUCACAAAAUCACCUCAUUCGCUGAAGCGAAGGGGUUAGAUGCCAUAAACGAGAGGAUGCCACCGAGGAAGGACGCCCCUCCAACGCCUGUAAACGAGGAAAAGCCGGUGAUAAAGCCGCCGACUCCUGUUGGAGACAAGCGAGACCACAGCACACCGCAACCGCAAUCGUGAGCCUCACACACGUCCAAUCAAGACGGCGAGGAUGGGCCUUAAGUCCCAAAUGCUGUCAUCGCCGCCACCACCACCGAAUAAGAUACAAAGCAUUGCUCGUCUCUCCCACACGGCUGUUAUCACUGAUGCGCCCAGUUCAUCGAGCGCGGAAGUCGUCACAGACGCGAGAAAGAGGAAAAGGAAGUGGAGGAGGUGGAGGAGGAGGUUGAACAAGUUCGAGAAUAAGAAGAGAUAAUGGUGAAGAAGGGGAAUUUUCAUCGUCAUCGUCGUCGUCAUUGUCGUCGUAUGACAAAGAAAGGAAACGAAAUAGAAGAAUAAAGAAACAAGAACAAGGACAAGAUGAAGAAGAAGAAGAAGAAGAAGAAGAAGAAAAAGAAGAAGAAGAGAAAUGAAGAAAAAGAGAAGGAAGCAAGUGUUUCCUAGAGAAUAGAAAAUAGCCUCCCCCUUUUUACCCCGAGGAUAUAUACGAAUAAAAACAACUCUCGCGUCUAACGAAAGAAAAUUCUCGACUUUUCUCGCGAGAAAAAUGGCGCGUGCACGACGUCUUCGAUCUCCUUUUUUCUUCAUUAUCUUUACAUCGAUGUAUCUAUCUAUCUAUCUAUUUAUCUAUCUAUCUAUCUAUCUAUCUAUCUAUCUAUCUAUCUAUCUAUCUAUCUAUCUAUCUAUCUAUCUAUCUAUCUAUCUAUCUAUCUACUUAUCUAUCUAUCUCUGUUUCUCUUUCUCUCUUUCUCCAUAUCUUUCUCCCCCUCUCUCUCUUUCUUUCUAUAGUUCUUUUUUCUUCUUCUUCUUCUUCUUCGACUUCUUCUUCUUCUUCUUCUUCUUACUAUUUCUUUUAUAUUCUUGCUUUCCAUCUUAUAGUCUCCUUCCCUUUGGCAACUGAUAAUAUUCAAUAAAAUGUGAACGUGUGUUAUUCGUCAUUAACAAUAGAUAAGCAAUUAGAGAAAUUAAGAGAGUUAGAAAGUGAGAGAGAAAGAGAGAAAAGGGGAAGAAGGAUAUCAUUGUCAAGGAGAAAAUCAACGCAGGACGUCUUGCUCGCGCGUUAAUAAACGAAUAAACGAAAAAGUCGAGAUAUUGAUGAAAAUAUAAAGGAAUGAAAGGGAAAGGGAAAGAGAGACAGACGAGGAAAACGGACGAGCUCUAUCUCCGCCGAAGAAACAAAGAAUAAAAAAAAGAAAUAAAAUAAAAUAAAAUAAAAUAAAAUAAAAUAAAAUAAAAUAAAAAAGAAGGCAGCUGGCCUGUCGUCAAGGCGGAGCUUCCGGUUUUAGGAUUUACUAGAUUCUUAAAUGAGAGCCCGCCCUGGGCUGCUGUGGGUACACACACACACACAAACAAACAGAGAGAGACCGCGCGUGACCCACGACAGAGGAUGGGUUUUACUUAAAUCUUAAGUCGAAAAAAAAAGUUAAGCUUUAGGGUUAAAACUCGUAAGUUAUAUCGGAGAAUUUAUUUAAUAUACACGUACAUUAUAAAAAUUAUAUAUAUAUAUAAUAUUAUUAUCUCAUCAUUAUUAUUAUGAUCAUUAUUAUUAUUAUUACUACUAUUACUACUA